AUGUCGAAUAACGAAACUUUUACAAUUGGUAGCCGCAAAUCUCAACUUGCUCUAAUACAAACGAGACAAGUUCAGACCGCCUUACAAUUAUCCUAUCCAGAUUUUGAGUUUCCAAUAAUAAGUAUGACCACCAUUGGUGAUCAGAUUCUUAACAAACCAUUGUUUCAAAUAGGAGAAAAAUCCCUGUUUACCAAGGAGCUGGAGAUUGCCCUGCAAAAUAAAUCCGUUGACCUCGUAGUUCACAGUUUAAAAGAUUUACCUACUACGCUACCCGAUGGAAUGAUCAUUGGUGCAAUUAUGAAAAGAGAAAACCCGAAGGACGCCGUCGUAAUUAAACAAGGUCUGAAGUUUAGAUUGCUGGAUGAAUUACCAGAAGGAAGCAUAAUUGGAACAAGUAGCGUCAGGAGAACUGCUCAGUUGAAAAAAGCCUUUCCGAACUUGGUGUUUCAAGAUAUUCUGGAUGAUCCAAAUGGGCCGUAUUCUGCGUUGAUAUUAGCUGUCGCGGGUCUUACUCGCCUAGACUUGAACAAUAGGAUAUCACAAAUCCUUCCUCCUUCCAUUAUGCAUCAUGCUGUCGGUCAAGGCGCCUUAGCUGUGGAGUGUCGGGCCGAUGAUGUUCAGAUCAUCCAAAUUCUAUCUGUACUUGAGGAUAAGGACACGAGGCUGUGUUGUACGGCCGAACGUUCUAUGCUGAGAGCUCUAGAAGGUGGAUGUAGUGUCCCAAUUGGUGUUCACACAGAGUUUAUAGAAUCUCACGAUUGCAAACGAAAAUUAAAGUUGGUUGGUCUAAUUGCAAGGCUUGAUGGUUCAGAAAUUAUCCAGGCUGAGGUAACAAAAAUUGUAGAUGAGGAUGGAAUCGAUGCAGCCGAUGAACUUGGAAAGGAGGUUGCUUCUAUAUUGGUGGAAAAAGGUGCAAAUGACAUUCUGGAAGAAUUAAAAAAAAACUAA